ACCCUGACUGCGAUCCCGCCCCACCACAAGGCUGGGGUACCCUUCAGCGGCGGGGACAUCCAGGUGUCCCUGGAUUUCCAGGGCACAGUGCGGGCCGGAAAUAGGAACGCAGAGGAGCCCUUAGGGAGGCUCUCGAGGCAGUGCCUUUCCAGUGGACAGCGACACACCCUGGCCCCUAAGAUUCUCUUGCUCUCCGAAUUUUCCGUGCUGGGCCCGAUCUGUGGCGCUCAAAGUCCUCUGUACUGAGGCGUUCCCAGGGCGCCCAACUCCCAAGUGUCCAUUUCUUAGGCAAAAAGGCGGCGGGGCUGAGGAGGGGAAGGCGCCCGUUGCGCUGUCUCACUGAGUCUCUUCACUCGGCCCGCGUGCAUCAGCCUCUCCGGCGGGGGAUUCUCCCCGGACUCCGGCCAGCGCCAAUCAGGUCGCGCGGUACCUGCCCCCAGCCCCGGCCACCUGGAGGGGCGAUGAGGCUCCACUCCUGGAGCUGGGCAGUCCUCGGAGCACCGGGGAGGCCGCGGAGCCUCACGUGUGCCGCCCCACACUGGCGCCGGGAAGGACGCGCGCCGACCCCGUGGGAGCCGAACGCGGGAGUCGCUGCCCAAGCGGAGCUGCUCAGCGCGGUAACGGGUCGGAGCCUCCAACGCGCAGAGGAGCGAGCGGAGGGGCGGGGCGCGGGCGGGCGGAGGAGCCGCGGGGCACGGGCUCCGCGCGGGGAUUGUGUCCGGCCACCGCGUACUUUCGAGGGCGCCUCUACAUUCGGGGACUGAUGCCCUUGGCCAUGAGGCACUCCCAACUGCAGUCUGCUCAGGCGCAGCCCGCGUGACUGAGCCACCACUGCGCCAGCUGUUUCACGUCACCGUUCCCUUUACUGAACAGUUUGAUGGGGCGCCGGGCGGAUGACAGCGGGAACGGUUGUGAUCACCGGCGGAAUCCUAGCUACGGUGAUCCUCCUCUGCAUCAUUGCCGUGCUGUGCUACUGCAGGCUCCAGUAUUACUGCUGCAAGAAGAGCGGAACCGAGGAUGCCGACGAGGAGGAGGAGCAGGAGCACGACCUUCCCACGCACCCCAGAGGCCCCAGCUGCAAUGCCUGCAGCUCCCAAGCCCUGGAUGGCAGAGGCAGCCUGGCGCCUCUCACCGGGGAGCCCUGCAGCCAGCCCUGUGCGGUGGCAGCGAGCCACUGCACCACCUGCUCCCCAUACAGCUCGCCCUUUUACAUACGGACGGCUGACAUGGUGCCCAACGGGGGUGGAGGCGAGAGGCUCUCCUUUGCUCCCACAUACUACAAAGAGGGGGGACCCCUAUCCCUCAAACUGGCAGCACCCCAGAGUUACCCGGUGACCUGGCCAGGCUCUGGGCGUGAGGCCUUCACCAAUCCAAGGGCUAUUAGUACAGACGUGUAAACCCUUCCACCCCAACCCGCACACACGCCCACACUGCUGCCCUGGCGGGAGCCAUGUACACACUAGCUGACCCUCCAACAGCCCCGCACGGGCUCUCUGUUU